GGCCAUGCAGUAUCCGAUGAAGGAUCUCAGCCGUACACCCUACUCAUGAGCAAAGAGCGUGAGAAAAGCCAACAUCUUUCCCGCCCGUUAGCUUUGCUCUUCUAGCCAUUUCUAGUUCCAAAAUAAUUCGUAUUCAUACACAGAGCCCAGCAUUUCUAUAAGCUCCACAUAGCGUGAUGUCCGGGCAAGCGGAGUCUUCGGUCCAGUUCCAGUUCAUUUCUGGGAACAGCCGUGUUCAUAAUGGCCAUACCUUUUCUCAACCCACAGACGAACAAAACUCUGCUCGCCUAAAUCAGCCGGUCGGCAAGCUUCCCGACCUCCUUUACAAGUCGUUACGGUUCGACCAGAUUCAUGCCCGUCGACAAACCCUUCGAUCGCCCAGCCCAGAUACUUGUAGCUGGAUUCUGGAUACUCAUGAAUUCAAGGCUUGGGUAAACCCAGAUGAAAUCAGCUACCAUCAUGGAUUACUCUGGAUCAAAGGAAAGCCAGGCGCAGGGAAAUCUAUACUUAUGAAUUAUCUCCUUGGAGAGUCAAAAACUCAGAUGCCUGAUUUCAACGUCAUUUCAUUCUUCUUCAACGCGAGAGGACAUGAACUCGAACGAACAGCGAAGGGGUUAUACCAAUCCCUUCUAUGGCAAAUCAUGGAGACUUUUCCAGACACCAAGAGAGUCUUCGUCGAACUCGGAUUCACCAAUCCCGACUUGAUCGAACAAAAUGGCUGGCAGGAAGAGAGUCUAAAAAACUUGAUUUCAUACGCCAUUAGAAAAUUGGACAGCCGCAAACUCGUAUGCUACAUCGACGCGCUUGACGAAUGUCUAGAAGAACAAGCGCGUAGCAUGGUCACAUUCUUCCAAGAGAUCAGUUGGCAGGCCAUGAAGCAAGGCGACCGCCUAAACGUAUGCUUUUCGAGCCGGCAUUAUCCGAAUAUGUCAAUUAUAAAAGGGCUGACCUUACUUAUUGACGGUCAAGACGGUCAUAUGAUCGAUAUCCAGCGUUAUAUCGACUCUACUCUUGUCAUCGAUUCGUCGCAAUCCGGCGAAGAUAUCAAAUCUCGGAUUCUCAAAAAGGCAUCCGGCGUCUUUCUUUGGGUAGCUCUAGUGAUUCCAAUGUUAAACAAAGCCUUCGAUUCGGGAAAGACAGCUGCUGUGAAUAAGCUACUUGAUGAAUUACCAACCGAGCUCAGCCUCCUGUUCCACGAUAUGCUAAUGCGGGAUUCAGAAGUACGGGAUUCAGAAGCCUGCGAUUCCAUGUUACUCUGUAUCCAACUCGUACUUCUUGCAAAACGUCCGUUGAGCUUGGAGGAACUUUACUGCGGUAUCAAAGCUGGUCUCAAUGACCCGAUCCCGCAUGGUUCUCUCCUAGAAGAUUAUACGAUGCGCAGAUAUAUUCUUAGCUCGUCAAAAGGGUUAGUAGAGGAGGUUUGCGCUAUAUUUUCAUCUUCUAUGCAAUUUAUCCACGAAUCUGUUCGGGAGUUUUUUAUACUUGACGGUUAUGAACUGCGAGGUAUAGUCCGACAAUAUUGGCCUCAUCUAAGCAGCAACUUUAUAGGCAAGAGUCAAGAUGCUAUAAAAGAGGCUUGUUUUAGCGGAAUGAUGAUCAGAAUGCCAGAUGUUGAUGUUGGUCUAAUGGAUUAUGAUGACUGGUUGGAAUUAGUAAGUGAAACAACCGAAGCUUACCCAUUUCUUGAGUAUGCUGUUUCGAAUGUCCUUUUCCACUCCAACGAAGCGCAGCUUUAUGAAGUACAACAGUCGGAUUGGAUCAAGCAAUUUCCGCUACAUACAUGGAUCGGCCUUCGUGAUAUUUGCCGUCUCGACAUCAAUAUCUAUACUCCCGAUGUAAACAUAUUGUAUGUUCCUGCGUGUGAAGACUUAAUCCACCUCGUCAAGCAAUCCCCUGAUAGAUUACGGUACAUCAAUAUCAGAGGUUACUACGGCACACAUUUACUCGCUGCAUUAUCAUAGACCAAGGCCUCGAUAUCCAAAUAAAUCAGCAAGAAGAAGAGUUCUUUUCACAGCUACAGCCUGCCAGACCUGAUAUUCGAGCUAGAUGGUUUCCAGAGCAGAGCUUAUUCAACUGCUUAGCACAGCUGGACUGUGUGGUGGCCAUGAGGGCACUAGUUCUACUAGGGGAAGAUAUCAAUCAACUGGACGAGAAAGGACAGAUGCCUCUAAUGCGUGCUAGCAAGUGGGGAUCUAUUAAUGUAGUUCGAUGGCAGACAAUAUUCGC